AUGGCUACCAGCCCAACCCAUACCGAGACCACCGAUGUCGUAAUCUGUGGAUGCGGCCCUACGGGUGCCAUGCUGUCCGCUUACCUGGGCCGAGCAAACAUUGCCAACAUCGUUCUCGAGAAAGAGGCCGACAUCACGACCGACCCGCGCGGCAUCGCUCUGGACGAGGAUGGAAUCCGCCUCGUGCAGGGUCUCGGGCUCUAUGAGCACGUCUUCUCCGACAUUGGCACAUGUACCCCCAAGGUGCGCUUCGUUAGUGGUGUGCACAACGACCUGCACAAGCAGGCAUUCCUCAAUUUCGACUGUAGCUGUACGGCUGGCCACACGGGACACGUUGCCAUGCUGGCCCACAAGCAGCCUGCGCUGGAGGACCGUCUUCGCUACAAGAUUAGGGAGGCGAGCAGCUGCGAGCUCCGAGGUGGCUGCAGGGUGACGUCCAUAUCGGAGGACGACAGAUGGGUCUACACGAGGUACCUGGAUGCCGAGGGGGUCGAGCGGCGCAUACAAUCACGCUUUCUUGUCGGCGCGGACGGAAAGACUGGCUUCACGAGAAAGCAAUACCUGGAGCCGAGAGGUGUUGAGAUGCAGUGGGCAGAAAAAAUGCGGUAUCGAGAAACUUGGGUCGCGUUGAACUGGAAGCUCAGGCUGCCGACACCCAAGACGCAUCCGUCAUUUCCGCUUUGGAGGCUGGGCUACUCUCCCGAGGACGUCUUUGACCAGUUCUUUCCAGUCGACUUCCGGUUUCUCUGCAACCCGCAGCGGCCGGCAGUGUGCGGUCGAUUUGGGCCGCCGUCUGACCGGCUCUGGCGCUUCGAGUUUUUGGUCAAUGCCGGCGAAAGCGACGUGGAAAUGGCGACACCGGCCAUGAUUCGCAAAGUGGUGUACCCGUACUUGAGGCACCCUGGAACUCGUUACGGGCUUUCCGACCCCGUCGAGUUCCCCAACGACUGUAUCGAGGUGCUCCGGUGCCGGCCCUUCCGCUUCUCAGCGCGGAGUUGCGAUAGGUGGGCUCUCGGGCGUGUUGUUCUCUGCGGUGAUGCCGCCCACGUUUUCCCUCCUUUUGGAGGGCAAGGCAUCGCGUCCGGGUUUCGCGACGCGAUAUCUUUGAGCUGGCGCCUGGCCAUCGCCUGCAGAUCAGAGACGGCGAACCACGAGCAGCUGUUCACCGGCUGGUACCUGGAGCGGAAACAGCAGCUGGAGAGCUCCUUGGCCACCACGAUCCGCAACGGUGACAUGGUCAACAGCCGAAAUCCGUUCAAGAUCUUCCUCCGCGACUGGACCUUGUGGUUUGUGCAGCUGCUCCCCGGUUGGAAACGUUGGCUGGAACUGGGCCCACGGAUUGACGCACCUACGACGUACAAGUACGAGCCCGGCAUGGCCUUUAUGCCUGAGCUGGAAGGCGGCGUGCUUUUCCCGCAGAUGUACUGCGUGGCGCUGGAGGACCAGACAGAGGUCCCCCGCGUUGAGUUCUCCGACGAUGCGAUAUUCGCGAGCACAAAGGAGAGCCGCUUCCAAAUCGUCGUCCUCCUCGAUAGCCUGGAUGAACUUCAGGCUGCCAAGCAAGAGCUCAAGGCCUUGGAGGGCACGUCCUCUGACAGUCUUUCGGUCCGCGAGGCGACAUUCUUCGUCCCUCGCUUGUCGGUUCCACCGCGUGGGCAAAAGCCAAUCUCCGAACUUGACGGGGUCUACCGCACGGCUUCAGCUGAACAGUUUGCAUCAUCGUAUCUCUGCCGGGGGCGUCCCGCACCUCGCGGCUACCAUGAGGACGACCUUUGGAAGAGCGCCAAGGGUCGGAAGUUUGUCAUUGUGAGACCUGACAGGUUUAUAUUCGCGAUGUGCGACGCGGCCUGUGAGCUCGAGAGGGUCCGUAGCCGCUUGGCCGACCUCUGUCAUUGA